AUGUCCGACGUCGCCUCAACGAGUCCGUCCGACGACGCCACUUCAGCAGCCACAACUGGCCCGUCCAGCGCCGCCACAACCGGUCCGUCCGACGCCACUAUUACUGGUCAGCUGCAUCGGGUCCUGAUCGACCCGCACUGCGUUCCUGUGAUCGUCCGCGAGGCCGGUGUCAUGUGCUGCUGGUUGGAUAGUGGUAAUAAUGUAAGGGACAAGAACCACGCUAAAUUGAUGGAUGUUUUUCAAGAACCCAACUUUGCUGUGCUGGCUUCAAACCUGGAACAGAUCAGCAAAGCGGACGAGAAUGAAUCACACAACCAGGACAGUUCUUUGAAGCUAGACAGUCCCGGCACCCCUCCUAAAGCCAAUCCACCAAAAGGAUGCCCUGAGAGUGAGAGGACCUCACUGAGCCCAUCCUCACCUCUGAGCCCAACAGAGACCCCUGAGCCCAGCACCACUACUGCUGAUGACUCCUCCUCCACUCACACCAUCUCCCUCACCUCCUCCUGCUCCACCAAGUUGGUGAGUCACUGGGCUCUUCCAGAGGACUGUAGUGACAAGGCUGCCUUCACCAUGAUGGAGACAGGGAGUGUCUCGGCCCUGUCUGGGGGGGACUGCCUUAUGCCACAGAGCCGCACCUGCCUGGGCUGCUUCAUCGAGAGCAAGGACGCUACAGAGCCUGAGCCAGGGCUGGGCCUGGGCCGGGACUAUGACCCCUGUCCUGUCUCCUGUCCUGACAUGGCCAUGCAGUGCAUGAGUUCUGGUAUCCGCUACGGGGAUCAGCUGCUCUCAGACCAGCUCCUCAGCUACCCAGAGCACAAGGUCAGGGAGGUGGAGAAGACAGAUGAGGAGAAGUCAGCGGAGGACAGUGACUCGGAGGAUGCCACGUCAAAGAGUAUCUACGAAGGCCUGCUCCUGGACAAGUGCAACGGUGAGGAGGCUCUGCUGGCCAACUCCAGCCAGGACUGGGGCUGCUUUGAGUCCUUUAUCAGCGAGAGUAAGAUCGAGCUGCUGGACCUCUGCUCUAAGAACGAGCUCUCUGUAAACCUCUUCUCAGAAGAGGACGUAGACAACUAUAUGUUUGAUGAUGAGGACUCCACCCUGGGCAGCGACGUGUGCUCGCUGAAGAUACGCUACGAGUCCUUCCAGGACAACGUCCGAGAGAAGACCAGCACCAUUCAGGAGGAAACCCAGUUCAACUUCUUCCCGAGUGUCGUGGCCAAAAAGGAGGGAGAGGGAGCAGUGAAGAAGGAAGCUGAAGUGCCGCAGGUGAAUGGAGAGAAGGUCGAAGUCUGGGCGGCUGGAGAAAAGGUUGACAAAAACAACAGCAGCAGCUCUGCUGAAGUGAUGCCAAAUGUCAGUCCAGAGAGCAGCUACCUGUUUGACUUCAACAACUCCACAGAGGACUCUGGAGAGUACAGCGAUGACAGCUCCUGUACUGGAUCCUCCCUUGACACCUGCCAGACCAAACGGAAAUACUGCUUUCUCUCCAGGGAGAACUCCAGCUCUUCUAGUCAGCUGAGCUAUGGGCUGAGGUCCAAGAGGAAAGUCAGAUACAGCGACGACUAUCUGUAUGACGUGGAUUCUAUCGAGAGUGAGAGGAACACGGAGAAAAAAGAGAAGCAGCCGAUGGGUCCAAAAAAAGAGGAGGAUGACGACUGGUGUCCAAAGAAGAGGAGAAAAUCCUCACGAAAAGAGCCUCCGGUGAUAAUCAAAUACAUCAUCAUAAACCGAUUUAAAGGGGAGAAGCACAUGUUAGUAAAGCUUGGAAAAAUUGACACGUCAGAGACAACAGUAAGCUUAAGUAAGGACUUAGUUCAUAAGUACCAGAGAAUGGCCCCUCUGAAAGACUACUGGCAAAAGAGGCGCCAGGAAAUGCAGGAGCAGCGCAGGCUGGCUGCUGGUGAUAAAAACAGAUUUCCGAAUGGCUGCAGGCGUUCCCUUAAUUCUAGCCUGACAAAACGAAAAUACAGGAUUGCAAAUAGAGUCCGGAUUCAAAGAAUUCACACUGUAGAGCUCUCGCCAAACCACGCCGAUCACAAGCAAGAGGUGCGAGCAGCUGAGGAUCAGGCUGCCUGUACAGAUAUGGCAUCAAUAACAACAACAACCUCCGACUGUGCUGCUAGAUUAGACCAAGGAAGUGUGACAGGAAAAAGCAGAUCGCUAGAGAGGGAGGGGAAGAGACUUGGAAAUAAGAUUUUGAAAAUAAGGAAAUUUAAAAGCGAGGCCAGACUGAAGUCGAAAAAAAUGACAGAUGCUCAGCAGAAGGAUGGUAAAACUGUGGUACACCUACAAGAGGUUGGCCCACUAUCCCCAAGUCAGCACCCUGACAUAGUUUAUUCUAAAGCAGGCAGCCCCCAGCUUUGUGAUGACUCCACUGUCAGUGUCGACCCCACUGAAAAGUCUACUUUUACACCAGCCCCCUGCUCCUCUUCCAGCACAAUGACCCAUCCUGUAAAUGUGAAUAGUGGUCUACCUGUCAUCCCCGGAGGCUACCUACAGACAUUACUAGAUGCCUCUGACUCAUCCAGUAACACUGGACUUUCAUAUUACUCCCAGCAGCAGCAGCAGCAGAAUCCCCGACAACAGUUUCCCCAUGGGCUCUACCAGGAGGAGAAUCCAUUCACUAACCUACAGCUGGCCCAGAGCUGUGUUCUAUCUCCUCCCUCAGAGUCCGAGCUCCAACAGUCCCCCUCUAACUCCAAUCAGAUGGAGCCAAACUUCACUCACAUAUCAUGGCAGUCUGGAGGUGAACAGCUACCAUUUACAUCUGACAUUCCACCUGAAUCUGCUGGCUUUUCCAACGCCAUGCCUUUGCCAAUGACAAACAACUUGCCGUUGUCAGGAUAUAGUCAAGUCAAUGUAGAUGGCAACAGACUGCUGAAUGAUAAGGCACAUUUACCUGAAGAGCCACCAGGACCAGACUCAACCCUACAGGCCAGCCGGGCAGCUGAAGAGGAACAGGUGCAGUUCCAUAGAGUCACUCUAAACACAGAGAACGGCAGGCUGGCCAGCUAUGACUCUAUGGGUUCACUGUCUGCCUCCUCUAGCAACUACAGCACUAUGAGUCACAAGUCCUGUGAGAAGGAGAGUGAAGAGGAUGUGAACGAGAACUUCUUGGCCCACUGUAGUCCCAAACUGGUGAUCCAGCAAAGUACUGAUGAAAUCACUCCCCUUAGGGAGUCCACAGACCUACUGGACAUCUCCAACUUCACCCCCGAUAAGUUCAGGCACUCGUCGUUGUCAGAGAUGUCGCCACCCGACACACCAAAUCUCUCCCCACAGGUGAUGGGUCCAGAAAUGAGGGAAAGCCUAGGAAAGGCCAGGGAGUUUCAAGGAGAGACAGGAGACAUGACACUCUCAACUACACCUGAUGGGACUAAGUGGGACUGUAAUGUCCUGCCACAACAAAACCAUGAUGGCAGAGCGAUAAACAAUCAUCAGUUCCAGUUCCAUACUUUCAAUGACAAUGAUGGCACAGGGUUAGAUGAUAAAAUUGACGGCACGGACGUCUUUGAUGAGCAGGCUGAAUCUAUUGGAGGCCGAACUAAAGGUCCCAAGUCAAAAAGGAAAACGACCAGUAAACAGAAAACCAAGACUCCAAGGGCCCCCAAGACAGAGAAGAACAAAGCCCCUAGACAGAAUUCUCGUUCAUCCAAAAAGCUAAAAGCCCUGCUUGAUGCAAAGGCAAAGGCGAAAGGUGAAGAAAGUGAAGGUCUUGCUGGACUGUCAGAAGUCUGGCCUUUACUGGUGGAGCACGGUGGGGGCUGGGCAGACGGCGGCAACAACAACAACAACAGUGCUGUGGAUGACGACCAGCGAGAGUUUGAGGAGCCCUCCAACAUCCUGUCCAACAUAGUCUCUGGGAUGGCAGAGGUCGAGAGGUUUAUGAAGGUGUCCAUCGAGCCACUGUGGGACCCCAUUUCUGGACUCUGUCAACCUCCAGAGGCCAACAGCCUUAAAACUAAGACACUCAAAAUCCUGGCGGGCACAACAGCUGACGUCAGGAAAAAGGGUGGUUAUGCCACCUCCCCUGGGGCAGGAAGGGGUAGGAAGGCAACUGGCAGGGGAGCCAAAAACCAAUCCAAGUUCAUUCCUUCAAACCCCUUCUUCCCCCCUCUCACUCUAGACUGCAACAUGUUCAACAAGUCCAGCCUCGGUAUACCUGGCAUCUGUGGGCCCGCACACAAAAAAAUGUACCGUCACAAAACCAGUGCAAAAUUUGCUGGAGAUGAAAACAAUACAGGGAAGCGGGACUCGAGCAAGAACGUAGCUCUGAUGGCCUCUUAUGAGAAACUGAGGUAA